AUGGUAUCCUUUUUUUCUAUAUAUUAAGUAUGAUAUAUAAAGCUGACAAAGAUAUCACCAUGCAGCAAAGCAAUAAAUAAAGUUCCACACCAUACACACCAAUUUUCCAGGAAUGGCACGAACAGAUAAUCUGAAGCUGUCUUUUUUAUAACGUAAUUUUUUUAUAACAGAUAAUCAUGAUGCAAUAAAAUUGAUAUAUUAGAAAAGCAAAUCAAAUUCUUGAAAACAUUUUUUGGGACAACGUAGGUGGACAAAUCAAUUUUGGAUAACGACUUAAAGAAAUUGUUAAACAGGACAAAGAUGGAAGAGUUUCUGUAUAGACACAACAAAACCACCAACUCAUGGAUUAAGAAAUUUAGAACAACGCACUUUUUGUAUGUCAUGCAUUAUUAUUCUGAAUUUCAAAAGCAUGUCACUGAUCUUACCUUGGAUUUUAUUCAUCUAACCAUAAACUAUGGACAUGAAAAAACCGAAAAAAGGAAGACCCCAGGACAAGAAACGUAAAACGACAAGUGGAAGACAAAGAAAGGUUAGAAAAAAACAGGCAAUGGGUUAUGAGCAAGCAAAAGUUGUACAUGGGUGUUCCUCAUAUGUUGCUAUCAAAAGACAAAACUCAUUCUCUGUAAGCACAAACGGAUGUCUUGCUUUUUAGGUCUUGCUAUAUUAAGACAUUGUAACUGUAAAAUAGUGCUAGCUAGUGGCUACUUCCAUACAUAACACACACACAAACACCAGCAUUUAUUGUUCUUACAUCACUUAUAAAUUUCAUCCUUCCUUUUGUCAAACCAAAUUUUGAUCAAACCCUUGCAAAUUUCUUCCGAGGUAGAAGUAGAUGGAGCUUGUGUGGUCAGGGCCACAUCCAUCAUCUGAAAAUGAUCUGAAAACUCCAUUUUCAGAGAAUCCUCCACCUUGCUCAAAGCCAGUGCUAGCUUCCAUGGAUAUCCAAAAGGAGAAGAAGGAGGACCAAGAACAUCCCUAUGAGUCAAAGCCAGAACUCAACCUCAUAAACUGUAUCGAUACAAAUUUGUCCAUGAACUCCUCAGAAUCAUGUCAUGGAGGAGGACACGGCGAUGAAUUGGAGCCAAGGAUAUUCUCAUGCAACUACUGCCAAAGGAAGUUUUAUAGUUCGCAGGCCCUUGGGGGACAUCAGAAUGCGCAUAAGCGUGAAAGAACUUUGGCAAAAAGAGGACACAGAGCUGGUGCUGCAGCUCCAACAGAUUUUGCACACAGGUAUUCCAGCAUGGCUUCUCUGCCUCUGCAUGGCUCCUAUAACAGGUCACUUGGAAUUCAGGCACAUUCCAUGAUCAACAAACGCUGUUUUCAAACACAAACACCUUGUUUUGGUUUGUCCCAUUGUCAUGCUCAAAACUGGUGGCAGAAGCAGCCUUUGUACUCACAAGAACAGGCAACAGGGACAGAAUCUGAAUCAACCUUGGCUGGUGGCAUCCAACGGCUAGGGAAGUUUUCUCCAAGGCUGGUGCCAGAGGGAUUUGGAGGCUACUGGUUGGACAGUGUUCACCAUUUGAAGACUAAACAAGAGGAGUUGCACAAGCUUGACUUGUCCCUCAAACUCUAAGUGCAACCCUUCAUGGCAUUUCAUAUACAGCACGUAUUAAUUGUGUCUUUUCUCUUUUUCAACAAGAUCUUUCUAUCUUUUCUUUUUCUAUUUGUGCUCAUGUAUCAAUCACUAGUUGCAGCAGCUGUAAAUGCAUUUUAGCCGCAUAAAAACUAAAGUCCGUGUCUUGAUAUUAUUUGCUUUGAUUUGAAUUAAUGGAUUCUUCUGGGUUUAUUUGGAAGUUAA